CCCGGAAGUGACGUCGGAGUGUCAACAUGCAAGAUGGCGGCCCAUCACCGGCAGAACACAGCCGGGCGGAGGAAAGUGCAGGUUUCCUAUGUAAUUCGAGAUGAAGUGGAGAAGCAUAAUCGAAAUGGAGUCAAUGCCCUGCAGCUGGACCCAGCACUCAACAGACUCUUCACGGCAGGUCGAGACUCCAUCAUAAGAAUAUGGAGUGUCAAUCAGCACAAGCAAGAUCCAUACAUAGCAUCUAUGGAGCACCAUACAGACUGGGUGAAUGAUGUCGUGCUCUGUUGCAAUGGGAAAACGUUAAUAUCUGCUUCUUCAGACACAACAGUAAAAGUCUGGAAUGCACAUAAAGGAUUCUGCAUGUCCACACUCAGGACGCAUAAGGACUAUGUAAAGGCCUUAGCGUAUGCCAAGGAUAAAGAGCUGGUAGCAUCGGCUGGGCUGGAUAGACAGAUAUUCCUUUGGGAUGUGAACACUCUGACAGCACUGACUGCCUCAAACAACACCGUCACAACUUCUUCUUUAAGUGGGAACAAAGAUUCCAUUUAUAGCCUGGCCAUGAACCAACUGGGAACAAUCAUUGUAUCAGGGUCCACUGAGAAGGUUCUAAGAGUGUGGGAUCCGAGAACGUGCGCGAAACUCAUGAAGCUGAAAGGACACACAGACAAUGUGAAGGCCCUGCUGCUGCACAGGGAUGGCACACAGUGCCUCUCUGGGAGUUCUGAUGGGACGAUUCGCCUGUGGUCCCUUGGCCAGCAGAGAUGUAUAGCAACAUACCGAGUCCAUGAUGAAGGGGUUUGGGCCCUACAGGUCAACGAUGCCUUCACACAUGUAUAUUCUGGAGGACGGGACAGGAAGAUCUACUGCACAGACCUAAGGAACCCUGACAUUCGGGUGCUAAUUUGUGAAGAAAAAGCACCAGUUCUCAAGAUGGAACUUGACAGAUCAGCAGAUCCCCCUCCUGCAAUCUGGGUUGCAACAACAAAGUCCACAGUAAAUAAGUGGACACUGAAGGGAAUUCAUAAUUUUCGAGCCUCUGGUGAUUAUGACAAUGAUUGUACAAACCCCAUAACGCCCCUCUGCACACAGCCCGACCAAGUUAUUAAAGGGGGCGCUAGUAUCAUUCAGUGCCACAUCCUAAAUGAUAAGCGGCACAUAUUAACCAAAGAUACGAAUAACAAUGUGGCAUACUGGGACGUGUUGAAGGCAUGCAAAGUGGAAGAUUUGGGCAAAGUGGACUUUGAAGAUGAAAUUAAGAAAAGAUUUAAAAUGGUGUAUGUUCCAAAUUGGUUCUCAGUAGACCUAAAAACAGGGAUGCUGACCAUUACUCUGGAUGAAAGUGACUGCUUUGCUGCCUGGGUUUCUGCGAAAGAUGCUGGCUUCAGCAGUCCCGAUGGGUCAGACCCAAAACUGAACUUAGGAGGACUUCUACUACAGGCGCUCCUGGAGUACUGGCCCAGAACACAUGUGACUCCCAUGGACGAGGAAGAGAAUGAAGUGAACCAUGUGAGUGGGGAGCAGGAGGGCCGAGUCCAGAAGGGAAAUGGUUAUUUCCAAGUGCCCCCCCAUACCCCUGUGAUCUUUGGAGAAGCUGGAGGUCGCACACUAUUCAGGCUGCUCUGCCGGGAUUCUGGGGGCGAGACUGAGGCAAUGCUUCUCAAUGAGACGGUGCCACAAUGGGUGAUUGACAUCACUGUGGAUAAAAAUAUGCCCAAAUUCAACAAAAUUCCUUUCUACCUCCAACCUCAUGCAUCUUCAGGAGCAAAAACUUUAAAAAAAGACAGGCUCUCUGCCAGUGACAUGCUGCAGGUCCGGAAGGUGAUGGAGCAUGUGUAUGAGAAGAUUAUCAACCUGGAUAACGAGUCCCAAACCACCAGCUCUUCUAAUAAUGAAAAACCAGAGCAGGAGAAGGAGGAGGAUAUCGCUGUGUUGGCAGAGGAGAAAAUUGAACUUCUGUGCCAGGACCAGGUUUUGGACCCAAAUAUGGACCUUCGGACAGUAAAGCACUUCAUAUGGAAGAGUGGUGGGGACCUCACCCUCCAUUACCGUCAGAAGUCCACGUGAAGGGUGGGCUCAAGCUCCUGGGUUCUUCACCAACCACCUUCCUCUGUGGCCCCAAGAGUAGUCCUAGGAAGCCCACUACGUCCUACGGGAGCAAGACCUCCAACCGGCCAAUUUGGUGACGUGACUAACGGAGAUGUAAUAUAGAAACCAAGCUCCAUGCAUAGAUUAAGGUGUCCCCAGGGACUCAAGAGUGCAGGGACAGAAAAGCCCCUGGUACUGUCCUGGGAGAUGUACAGAGAAUCUACAACAGGCCAGUGCAGACUUCGCUGACUCCUUUUGAAGGACCCACCUUUGUCUCUUAGCACUUUUUAGAAAACAUCAGCAGGGCCACAUCUGUCACCAUGUUUCAGUUUCAAACCCACAGGCUCUGCAGCUUUUCCAAGUACAUUCCACUCAUGCAGUACCUAUGAAGGCUUUUUCCAAAUUUGUCAUUACCAAAAAAAAAAAAAAAAAAAAAAAAAAAUCAAGUUGUUUUCACCAUAUAAGAGUUACUUUUAAUGGAAAUCACUGUUGCACAAUUCAAGAGGCAGCCCAUGUCGUAAGAAGUGACCAUGCUGGGCUACUUUUGAAAUACAGCAUCUCAGCUACACUCUUGUAGGAAGGCCGUCUGCAACCCCAGGGCUGGCGCGCAGCACUUGGACCUGCAGGCAACAGCCUGUAUUGCGCAGUGCUGCCCCAUGGUGCCCUGGCUGUGCGAUAGCCCAAGCAGCUGUGGCCACUCUCCUUCCGCCAGCACCGUCUUCCUCACAGGCAAAGCCAGCGAGAACCACAGCUUCCUGCUCUGGGUGAGCAGCAUGAGAGCUGUCAGAACUUAGGACCAUGCUGAAGUUUCAGUUUCAUUCAGAUGCUACCUAAAGUUUAUGUUACUAGAGUAAAAAGAUCUCACAGUGAGUUGGUUUGAUAUUUAUAUUGUGGUCCAUGUUUGUUUUUCCAGUUUUAUACACGGGCUUUUGUUACGCCUUCCUCCAGGUCUUUCUGCUGUCUUUCUAACAGUCAAAAGCUUUCAUAGACUCACUUGGAUCUUGUACAGAAUAUUAACUUAUUGGGGAUAAACACUUCAACUUUUGGCAAAAAAUUACUUUGGAUUCUUUCCAAGGUCAUUUACAUUCAGACAGAUGAAUAGUCAGCCUGUGAGAUCGCAGAGGAGCCUUUUGAGCACAGCGGAAGCACACGUGCCUUGGGGGUGGGGGGCCAGCUUACUUUGUCCAGCUGCUCCUGCCUCGUGUGUGGUCUGUCCCCACAGGAGCAGGGGGAGGGGGCCUGGGGAAGGAAGGUUUCUUUCUCUUCUCUAUAUCUCACAGGUUCUGCUGGGGACAGCUGAGGGGCCCAGAUCCAUCCCUUAAAACUCGAGGCUCUAAUCCGUACAACUGCAGAAUAGGGUGUCCGCACCAUAACUAUGGAACACAGACAUGCCAUGGCUUCCACACCCUCGAGUGAGCAAGGACAUUUCCAGGUGUUAAAAUGCUCUCCCUCCCCAGAGCAGCCAGCUUCUUUUUUACAGAAGUCCUUUAUAUCUAUGUGUUGGACACAACAAUGCACUUUUGGUGCAUAUUUUUUAGUCAUAGCUGUAAAUUAAAAGCAAGGGGUGGGGUGGUAGUGUUUGCAGGAGGGGCCUCUGCACUAAACAUAGGUUUUGCUUGUUGGUUCACUGGUGCAGUACUGACCCACAGGCAGUGUGCCCCAUGGAGGAGUUUACCCCAGCAUGGUUGUACUUUUUUCCCCUCUAGUCAAAAAUCAGUAAUGUUUCCAGAAAUUGGACAGUCUGCAAUGCCAAAAGGGUCAGUCUGUAUUUCAAGUUGUAUAGAAUAAAGCUUUAGUUACAAA